CAGAGCCGUUAGUUUUCUACUUUGUUUGCUACGCUUUCUAGCUUACCGGGGAACUCUCUCUCGGGUGGUUCUCCAUUUCCUGGCAAGAUGACCACCACCAUCAGGCAAUACACCUCUUCCUCCUCCACGAAGGGGCCCAUGAGUUUUGGCGGGGGCUCCUCCCGGCUUUCCUCCGUGCAUCUCGGAGGGGGGUACCAAGCCCAGAGCAUCCAUGGUGGAGCUGGUGGCAUCUCCUUAUCUUCUUCCCGCUAUGUCUCUGGGGUAGGCAGCUCCUUUGGUGGUGGUUAUGGGGGCAGCUACUGCAGCAGCUUUGGUGGCGGCUUGGGGGGCAGCUUUGUCGUCGGUGGCGGGGAAGGCCUGCUGGCUGGGGGCGAGAAGGAGACCAUGCAGAACCUGAACGACCGCCUGGCUAACUACCUGGACAAGGUGCGUGCCCUGGAAGAGUCCAACACUGAGCUGGAGGUGAAGAUCAGAGAGUGGCACAAGAAACACGCACCUGGUCCAGACUGCGACUACAGCCUGUAUUUCAGGACCAUCGAAGACCUGAGGAGCAAGAUUCUGGCCGCCAACGUUCAGAACGCCAGCAUCCUCUUGCAGAUUGACAAUGCUAAACUGACCGCUGAUGACUUCCGCACCAAGCAUGAGACAGAGGCGGCGCUGCGCAUGAGCGUGGAGGGAGACAUCAAUGGUCUGCGCAGAGUCUUGGAUGAACUCACCCUGGCCAGGUCUGACCUGGAAAUGCAGCUGGAGAACCUGCAGGAAGAGUUGGGUUACCUGAAGAAGAACCAUGAGGAGGAAAUGACUGUACUCCGAUCCCAAAUGGGUGGAGAAAUCACUGUGGAAAUGGAUGCUGCUCCUGGAGUGGACCUGACCAAGAUCCUGUCGGAGAUGCGCGAGCAGUAUGAGGCCUUGGCGGACAAGAACCGUAAAGAUGCCGAGCAGUGGUUCUUCACCAAGACCGAAGAGCUGAACCGAGAAGUUGCCACCCACACACAACAGCUCCAGUGCAGCAAGACGGAGAUCACGGAUCUGAGGCGCACCGUCCAAGGCCUGGAGAUAGAUCUUCAAGCUCAGCUCAGCAUGAAAGCGGCCCUGGAAGGCACCCUGGCCGAGACAGAAGCCCGCUACGGCACCCAGCUUGCCCAGAUCCAAGUGCUGAUCACCAGCGUGGAGGAGCAGCUGGCGGAGCUGCGGUGUGACAUGGAGCGCCAGAACCACGAGUACAAGAUCCUCCUGGACGUCAAGACCCGCCUGGAGCAGGAGAUCACCACCUACCGACGCCUGCUGGAGGGAGAGGAUGCCCACAUUUCUUCCCAGUACUCAGCGGCUUUGUGCAGCAGACAAGGAUCCACAACCACCCGCCAAGUCCGCACCAUUGUUGAGGAGGUCCAAGAUGGAAAGGUGAUCUCGAGCCAUGAGAAGUUCCAUGUCUCUGGCCACUAAACCUGCAAGUACCAGCCUGCCUGUUCCAGGGGCCUUGGACGUGAUGCGCUUUUCUCCCUUCGCGUGUGGUGCACCUUUGGUGUUCAGGCUGCUGCUUGCUUCCUCAGCAUCCAGGCCCUGAGCUCUGUUUGUCCAUUUCCACUAAUCUCCAAUAAAGCUUCUUCAUUUCAUGCAU